AUGUCAUCAAAGACAACAACAACAACAACACUGACAGAGACGGAAUCAACCAAAUGUCCCCUCCUCAAUGGGGAGCCCUCGGGCUGCCCCUACUCCAAAGGAGAAAAGAUCCCCGGCCCAACUGCCUACCCCCUGAUCGGCAGCAUCCCACAUCUUGACCUCAAGGCUCCCUUUGAAUCGAUGCUGUCAAUCCAGAAACAGUACGGCCCCAUCUUCCAGAUGGUGUUUGCCGGAAAGCGCGAGAUCAGCGUGUGCACGCGGGAGCUGGCGCAUGAGGUGUGCGACGAGACGCGCUGGCACAAGCUCGUGACGAGCGGCGUGUCGACGCUGCGACAGGUCGUGCAGGACGCGCUCUUCACGGCGCACCACGGCAGCCGCCAGUGGGGCAUCUCGCACCGCAUCCUCAAGCCCAUCUUUGGCCCGCUCAGCGUCCGCAGCAUGUUUGACGAGAUGAGCGACGUCGCCGAGCAGCUGUGUCUCAAGUGGGCGCGCCACGGUCCCGACCACGCCAUCGACGUGGCCGGCGACUACACGCGCCUGACGCUCGACACCAUCGCGCUCUGCAUGAUGGACUAUCGCUUCAACAGCUUCUACCGCGACGGCCACCACCACCCCUUCGUCAAGCACAUGGUCGCCAUCCUGAGCGAGGCCGACAUCCAAGCCAUGUUGCCGGACUGGGCGGGGUUUUUCCGCCCCAGGGCCAUGCGCAAGUUCAAAAAGGACAUCCAGCUCAUGACGGAUCUGUGCACGGGCAUGGUCGAGGCCAGGAGGCGCAACCCCGUGGUGCGGCGCGAUUUUCUAAACGCCAUGCUCAACAACAGCGACCCCGAGACUGGGGAGCGUCUGGACGACGACGAGAUCGUGCGCAACCUCAUCACCUUCCUGGUGGCCGGCCACGAGACCACCUCUGGCAUGCUGUGCUUUGCCACCUACUACCUUCUCACCCACCCGGAGACGCUGGCAAAGGCGCAAAAGGAAGUCGACGACGUGGUCGGCACCGGGCCCGUGACCGCCGCGCACCUCGGCAGGCUUCCCUAUCUAGAUGCAGUGUUCCGCGAGGCGCUGCGGCUGAUGCCGACCGCCGUCGCCUUCUACGUCACGCCCUACAAGCCCGAGAUGCUGGCCGGCAAGUACCUCGUCCAGCCGGGCGAGGCCGUCUGCCUGCUUCUGGACCCCAUCCAUCGCGACAAGGCCGUCUACGGGCCCGACGCCGACGAGUGGAAGCCGGAGCGCAUGCUGCAGGACGACUUUGAGGCGCUGCCACCAGACGCCUGGAAGCCGUUUGGCAACGGGCAGCGCAUCUGUCUGGGCAUGGCCUUCACCUGGCAGGAGGCCAAGCUGGCCAUGGCUAUGCUGUUGAAGAAUUUCGACCUGAGCAUGGAUGAUCCCGAGUACAAGCUGAAGAUCAAGCAUCUGUUGACCAUCAAGCCCGAGGGUUUCAACAUCAGGGCGAAGCUGAGACGCGGAAGAACCGCAACGGAUCUCCAUGGCGAGCUGAGGCAAACACGGACAGAGGGCAAGGAUACGGUGAUGCGUCAGGAUGUACCCUUGGGCCGAGAGCAAGAGAUAUCCAUCCUCUACGGGUCCGACACGGGCACCUGUGAAGCUCUUGCCAAUCGUCUGGCUUCCCACCUCGACGGCCGCGGAUUCAAAACAACCGUCGGGACCAUGAACUCGGCCGCUGGCAAGCUACCCAAACUCUCCGUCUUCAUCUGCGGCACAUACCACGGAAAACCAGCCGGAAACGCAGCCAAGUUCAUGGAGUGGGUCGAGCAGCAGCUCCAGCCCGGAGACCUGAGCCGCGAAAACGGCGGUCCUCGGUAUGCAGUGCUGGGGUGCGGCCACAGCAACUGGGCGUCGACCUUUUACAUGACUCCGCUGCUGCUUGACGCCCGGCUCGAGGUGGCCGGUGCGUCGCGGCUGAUGCCCAUGGGAAAGAUCAACAACGCCAAGGAUGAUGCGUUUGAGGUGCUGGACCAGUGGACGGGUCGGCUGCUGGGCGUGGUGCAAGACGGCCAGGGGACGGAUUCAUCAUCAUCAUCAUCGGCACCGCCAGCCGUCAACAUCUCGGUCACCAAAUCCCCCGAAAAGGAGCCAGUAGUCCCCUCGCCACCCCAGGGCUUCUCCACCGCAACCGUGACGGACGCAAAGACGCUUGCCGUGAACCCAGCCACGGGCCGCGUGGAGAAGGGACACGUCGAGUUCGUCCUCCCCGCCGGCAUCAAGUACGCACCAGGCUGGCACGUGCAGGUCAUGCCGCGGAACGACGGCGCCACCAUCGAGCGCGCCCUGUCCCGCUACGGCCUGCGUAGCGACGACGUCGUGGUCGUCGGCGGCGAGGGCGGCGGCGUCGGCGGCGUCGGCGGCGUCGGCCUCGGGCUCGACCUCCCAGUCGACGUGCCCAUCCACGCCUCGCAGCUUUUCGCGGCCAAGGACCUGCGGCGCGCCAUCACAAACCCAGAAGUCCUGGACAGGCUGGCAGAACUGGCCGCCGACGACACCACCAAGGCCGCGUUGACAGCGAUCAGGUCGGCAGGCCUGGACGAGAACCCACAGAGCCUCCUGGACGUGCUGGGCCGGUUCUCGACCGCGGCCGUGCCCCUGCCCCUGGCCGAGUUCGUCGCCCUCCUGCCGCGCAUGCAGCGACGGACGUACUCCUUCUCCUCGUGCCCGACCUACGCGGCAGCGAUGGACGCCAAGGCCGCCGCCACGGCGCAGGACCGACAGCUCGCCACCCUCACAUUUUCCGUCGUCGACCAGCAAGCCGACCCGACCCGCGGCGUCGGCUCCAACUUCCUCUCGUCGCUCGCGGCGCACGACUCGCUCCACAUCUCCGUCCGCCCGGACCAGCACAGCAGCGACUUCCGCCUCCCCUCGGACCCCUCCACGCCCGUCAUCAUGGUGGCCGCCGGGGCAGGCAUCGCGCCCUUCCGCGGCUUCCUGCAGCAGCGGGCGGGGCUGCUCAAAAAGGGCGCUGCUCUGGGCCCGGCGCUGCUGUUCUUUGGCUGCCGGGGCGCGCACGACGACCUGUACCGGGACGAGCUGGAGGGGUCCUUCGCCGACGUCGUGACGGUCGAGCGGGCCUACUCCCGCGCCGCCGGGGGCGUGGCCGGGAGGUAUGUUGCCGACGCCAUGGUCGGUCCGCGGCGGGACGAGCUGGUCGACCUGUGGGGCAAGGGCGCGGUUGUGCUCGUCUGCGGGACCAAGAAGCUCGCCGACGGGGUGGAGGCGGCGCUGGAGCCGGUUUUGUUCGAGGCGGACAGGCGGGAGGGUCGGAUCGGGGCGCACGUCGAGCGGGAUGCCUGGUGGGAGGGUUGUGUGGAAAAGGGGAGGUAUGUAAUCGAGGUUUUUGCUUGA